UGAGAUAUGGUAAUGCAAAUGUUGCAGUUAACAUAUAAGUAACAAAAUAAAUUAAAACGUUUUUAACAAGUAUAUUGAAAAGAAAGCAUCGCUUCAGAAACAUGGUAGACCAACAUGUUGUACCUUCAUCUUUUGAUAUUAAUAUUCCCUCAAUUAAUAUUAAGCCUGAUGAUGAUUUCUUUGACAAUGAUCUCGACUUUGAUGUCAAACUCUCCAAUGAAGAUUUUUCAUCACCAGAAGACUUUGUAUCGACUCCUGUGUUGCCAGAUGACUUUUUACCAGAUUUGAACCACUGUAGUAUUAAGCAGUCGUCAUUCGACAAGCAAAUUGCAUAUGAAAACUUAUCAGCACACGAUGCAAGCCACAUACAGUGCAAUGAAUCAACAGAGUAUUCAAGUUCCUACAACGGCAAACAUGAAGUAUGUACACCUGUGAAGAACUACCCUGGAAAGGGAAAAGACAUUUGCAACAUCACACCAAAUGUGACUCCAAGAUCUGCACAGAAGUCGAUGCCAGGCACUCCACAAAGCAGAAGUGAACAAACUAUGAGUGGGCGAAAGAGGCGACCACAACUCACACUUCAGAUGCCGAGUUUUGACGACGCAGCACAAGAAGUACCAACUGGGCAGGAGUAUGGCUCUGCUACGCCAUCAUGUGGGAUGGAAAGUGGGGCAGGCACUCCGCUGGAGGAGCUAACGGGUCUACCUGAGAAACUAGCACCAGAAGAUGUGCCAAAAACACCGUUGUUCCCACUUAUUACACCUGGUACGGGAGCAAAAAUGAACGACGCAAUCACUCAGUCAUUUUCCUCAUUCAGGAAUAUAAUGGAAGCAAACAGCAUGUCAAAAGAUCCAAAGCUCUGGAGUGCCCCACAAGUGAAAACAUGGGCAAGAUGGAUCGCACAAGAGUUUAGCAUCCCAUCUUUGGAUGAAAGUAAUUUCUGCAUCUCUGGAUCAAUGAUGUGCAGUCUGAGGAAGGAGAGCUUUUUGCAUCUUUGUCCUCCAUUUGUGGGCGAGAUAUUGUGGGAGCAUCUUGAUAGGUUGCAGUCAGAAUGUGGAAAUGACACGAGGAUACCAGAAUGCAGCAACUUAAACCAAAAUAACGACAAGAUUUCAUCAUCUACAACACCUCAGAACCCACCCUCCUGCACCACCAACCCACCUUACCCUACUAGACCUGCACCUCCUUACACAAAGAACCCAAGCUUCAACCAACCCAUACAAAACCACUUUUCCUUGGACCAACCUCCACAAUUCAAAGAAGAAAGAUACAGACCCCAACAUCUUGAUACACCAAGCCAUUUCAACCCUACUGAUGCCCCUCCUGUUGAUAUGUCUUGUGUAAAAAGAGAGCAACUUCCACACUACCCAAGCCAUGCCUUCCCUGUGAACACAAACCGCCGAAACUUCUCCUUCGAACAUUCAAUGAACAUUAAACCUGAACCAAUGUCACACAUCAAUGCUUUUGACAUGCACAGGCAGAUGUCGCACCCACACAAGCCAAACCAGCGCUUUGGAAUGCAUAUGGAGAACAGGCGCUCCUCAGAGCCUAUACUGACACCUUUGAAGCCGUUCUACAGACACAGACCAUUAUCCCAGCAGAUGUCUCACCCCUUCCCAACCCCUACAACCCCCAACGCACCAGAGCUACCCGGCCACCCCAUGCACCUUCCCCCGCAUGAAAUGGGGGGCCAACAAAACCUUCAAGAUCUUUACUACAUAAACAUAGCAAGUUUACGACAUCAUCAACAAAUUGAAACCAUGAAGAGACACGAGAUGGCCAAAGGUAAAAUUCAACAGACGAUCACGAACCGAAGUUUUGGUGACCAACAAGUCAACCAACAUCAUAUGUUAUCCCGUAGUGACUCCGUGGGUUGGAAUGGCAACAAGGGGAACAUUAAUGGUCUACUAACCCCUGAACCAGAGGAUUUUGAAGGUGGUUUUAUGCAACACUCCCGAAUGAACAGCUGCAUGACACAAAACACAACAGCAGAGUUUCCAAGCAACCCUGUUAUACCUGGAGCUUUCCUUACAGGAUACAACGGGAGUGGUCCAAUCCAACUGUGGCAGUUCCUUAUUGAGUUACUGACAGAUAGAUCUUGCCAACACUUCGUUACAUGGACUGGGGAUGGCUGGGAGUUUAAGAUGAUUGACCCAGAUGAAGUAGCAAGGAGGUGGGGAAGAAGGAAAAAUAAACCUAAGAUGAAUUAUGAGAAACUUUCAAGAGGAUUGAGAUAUUACUAUGAUAAGAAUAUCAUACAAAAGACAGCUGGAAGGCGUUAUGUUUACCGGUUUGUUUGUGAUCUUCAAAGUUUGCUGGGUUAUUCACCAACAGAACUUCAUUCAAUGUUGGAUGUGAAGCCUGAAGAUCGACUAAGUGAUGAUUAAACAAUGUACAGAAACCACUGCUGUGGUUGGGAUAUCAGGGAUGUAAAAUUCUAUACAGGCCGACAGUUUUAAAGUUCACAAUGUUUUCAAUACCUCGCCAAUGUGUGACAACUUAUUUUCGCUUAACACAAGAGACAUUUCGCUCGCAGUUCAACCCAAAAGGUUGCAACCCCCAAAGAACUAAAUCAUGUAAAAUGCAACUUUUUAAACACAACCAUAUUAAAAAGAAUUCAAGAUAUUUUUAAAGUUCAAAGAUGUUAUGAAUGCCAAGAUAGUAAUCAUAACGUAGUUAGCACUGUCAGCACCCUUUUAUGUGCCACCCACCUCUUGCCUAUCUAUACACAGUCGAUUCUACUAGUGGGAGUUACUAUUAUUAUCUAACUCUUCUUUUAAAGUGCUGCUUUUUUGUGUUAUUCAAUAUUCUGUGCAAAAGAUAAUGGUUUUCAUUUGCUACCAUAACUCCAUAGGCAAAUGGAAAGUAUAUGCCUAGGUAUACUGUCUUACCAUGUCGAUUUAAACUGCCUUUUCAAUUUG